AUGAAUCGUGCUGCAUGUAAAGCACGUAGUUACUUUGCGAUAUGCUUAGCAGCCAUGGCUUCGACAUGUGUUUUCUUAUCAACAUUCGAUCGAUGUUUAUCGACGUCACGAAAUGUGAAUUGGCGCCGGUUGAGUUCUAUUUCUUUCGCGCGACGUAUUUCCGUCCUGACUAUGCUCUUUCUUUUGAUUUCGAGCGGAGUAUGUUUAAUUGCUUAUGAUGUGUUUGAUGGUAUAUGUACAACAAUGUCCGGUUUUGCAACAAUUGCUGUUGUCAGUUAUGCUCUUCUUUUUGUUUCUUUCAUCCCGCAUGGAGGUAUGCUGAUUUGUGGUGUUAUGACUUGGAUUCAUACGCGACGAUGGAGGAACCGUGUCGACAUAGGUAUCGGUGUGAUUCGACAAACACAUGCAACUCAUCGAAUGAACCGACAACUACUCAUUCUCAUAUUCGUACAUGCUUCUAUGUCUAUAAUACUCGAAGUGCAACGUGACAUUGUCGCUACAUAUAAUUUGAUCACUAAUUCGGCGGAGAAAAGUGUGGAACAGAAACAAAUCGAAAAUUUUAUUACACAAAUAGGCCUUCUAUUGUAUUAUGCAAAAUAUGGAAUGGUGUUUUACUUCAAUUAUGCUUGCAGUAGUUUAUUUCGAAAAACGUUUCGACAAUCUGCAAAGUCAGUGAUUAACAAAUGCUUGCAUUUACGAUGUGUUCGAAGCUGA